GUGUCACGUAGCUUGUUAUAUUUACACAUAGCUAGCUACUUAGCUUGCUGUAUUUGUUAUUUUACACACAAUGUGAUUUUAACAUUACAAGUAGAAUAUAAGACGAGGGACCAAAUGCACAGUUCGCUAUUGUUGGGAAUUAAAGCCAGCUUGGAUUGUUUUCUUAUAUUUUUGGAAUGGACGAAGAAGUAGAAAACCAAUCGCGUGCUUUUAAUCGCAUCUGAUACACUUGGAAGACUACAUUCUAAACAUGUUGCUCUCGGGGACAAAAAAACUAACAACCAAAACAGAGCGGGCGGUUCCUUACAAAUCACUACCUUUACACAAGAUCCCUCUAAACGCUGUAACGCCUGUUAAGGAUCUAUUUAAAAUGGCCGAGGCACAAGAGCACCGACCCUUUCAAUUCUCCAAUCCGCUUGGUUUUGAAAAAGGGUCAACAAACAGAAGUAUGAACGCAAUUCACUCUACUGUACUGCAUGAAGAUAACUUCUACAAGUUAUCGCCAUGUGAGCUUAGUAGCAUUGCUGCUGAAGACACAUCUCCCUUGGGCGGUGAUCCUGUCAUUUUUCCACCACGGUGGAGUAAAAAUGUAUCCCUGGUAAUGGGGCACAAGAAACCCCCUGAAUCGCCUGCGAAAAUUUUUGCUCGAAUGAAAGCGAAAGUGCAGAAGCAGAAUCUCUUGUCUGGACAAAGUGGAGAUGCACAAUCGUUAAUCGACGCCCAUGGUCCCAGAGCCAGGCAAGAACGGGACAUGCUGUACCGUACCCCGAGGAAAGCCGACCAUCCUAGCACAGACGCUAAGGACAACCAGGAGGCCUAUUACGAUAUCAAUACAAUUGAAGCCAUCACCCUCUCACCCAGCAUGACUCCUGGUAAAGUUCAGAGGCUUCACCCUGGUACAUCACCGAGAAAAAACACACCGUCUAACGGACUUCCGGAGCCCAGCAAAGUCUUCUGCAAAGCUCCACACCAAUCCAAUUGCAGCAGCACUCGGCUGGGACAGCCAAUUCCUUCACCCAGCUGUUCUGCUGGAUUCCACACCAGAGGAGAGAUGGGAUUUGAAAAACAAGAGUCCUCUACAAAUGAGAUCUAUCAUGACCCGGUUUUUGCCAUGCCCGCAGUUCCUGCCAAGAGGUCUGACAUUGGCACAAUGAGAAGGGACUCUGUGCAGAAUUCUCCAGCAAAGAUAUUUGCCCAGAUGAAGGAAAGGGUGAUACUACAGAUGAGACAGGAACCCAAUCAGGUGACCAGCACAGCGGAUGUAAAUCACAGAGAACGCAUUCACGGACCCUGCAGACGGAGAACUGUGCCCAUGGGUGGCGAUGAGGCGGACGAUGAGCUUUCCCUGGGCGCCAACGCAGGCGUGUCCAGCAGCGGCAGCACCGCGUUCCCCAGUCCUGCAGACGACUGCUCUUCCGUGGGCAUGGUCUACACGCACCGCACCCCAGCCCGCCAGAGACCCCUCUCUGCGCCGGAGCCCAUUCCGGACCUCGCCAACGACAGCCUGCUCCAGAACUCGCCCCGCAUUGCCAUCCCCAAAAAGAGGGCGACCGUUUUUCAGGACAGAGAGGAGGCAGAAUCGGAGACUUCAAAGGAGCAACAGGUUCCUACGCCGCAGGGAAUUAGUUUGACGGAAUGGCAGCUUAAGUCACAGAAUUCAAGGCUGUUUGUUGACGGGUUUCGCCUGGAUAAAAAGGUGCCCUGGCACAGCAACCUAAUUGCAGAGCGGAUUUCAAGCAACGUCCUGAAGACAAUCUCAGGCAGCAUCUACAUCUUGGUGGGCACGAUGUCUCCCGACCCUGACUCGGUGUUUCCUGGAUGGUUUCUGAAGAAGUUUCUCUUUGGCUUUCCAGAGAAGUGGAAAGAUUACUUGGAGAGUUAUUUGUCCAAGUUAAAAAGUGAUUUGUCUUCGGCCCCUGAAAAGAAAAUGCAUAAAAAGGGCACUGACCCCAAGCCAUCUACGAAACCGUACAGGAUGAGGGCAAAGGAGCAGUCCACCAUAACUCCAAAGGCAAAGACCCCCUCUGGUCCUGAGGCCAAACUCCAGGUGAACAGCGCAAAGCUGUCCCGUAGUGGGAGACUCAUCAAGCCACCCCUGGAGUACUGGAAAGGGGGGAGAGUUAUUUUGGAUUCAAGCAUGAACGUUACCAUCCAUGAGGACUACACGUCUACUCUCACCUGUCAUAAGAGUGACGAUAUAAUUGCACUGAAUGGAUUAUCUCAAAGCACAAGGAAGACAUCGUUGGAAAGCUCCUCAGCUAAGUCCAAGGUGCACGACAGGGGAACGGAGAGGAAAAAAGCAGACAUGGCAGUUAGCAGUAGAAAGCUGUCCUCGUCUCGUAAGCAGUUGCCAGAAGAAGCUUUGAAUGUGAGAAGGCCAGACCAGGGCCUGUUAAAUCAGAAGUACACGGUGGGGCUGACGCCAAUUAAAACAUCUACUGCAUUGCACCAGAGGUGCUCUGAGAACCACCUGAAAUAUCACUUAGAUUCGUGGGAUGCUGACUCGGCUGGAAGCGGUGGACAGGCCCUGCUGGAAGAUCCCGUGGUCGUGUUAGUCAAGCUAAAAGAACUGUAUCUGUCAGAUGAGUGCUCGAAGGUCGCCAGGAGCAAGGAAGCGGAAGCACCUGCGCCAUUCAGGAAGCUGAAGCAGUAUCCCCGACGGAACAGGUGUUCGGUCAGGGAGGCAAGCUCACACAGCGCCGGUCCCACCCGCCACAACGUGGAGAAAACGCACCGGUCCACAAAGCUCGCCAAAUCCAGGAGCAGCAGCCAGCAGCAGCACCAGCAUCCUUCAACGUCUGACGCCGAGCAUGGACUGGGACCUCGGACCAGAUCCCGGAGCAGAGCAACUACAGAUUCCUCCGACCAGGAAAAAGCAGAAGGCAGGGUUCCGUCGAGGGAUUCUGAAGGAACAGAGCGGGACGAGGGCCCUGCCUCAAAGUCUGGUUCUCAAAGGCGAGGAAGGGAACUAACCGGAAAGAACCGGAUCGGACGCUUGCCCCGGGAGCGCAGGGGCGUUGGGUUGGAUUUGGAGAGCGAUGCGAUUAGUGACCCCCCCAUAUUGUUGGGGUCUCCUUCCCGGAGUAAGCAGGGCAUACGAGUCAUCAGCUCCCCGCCAAAGACCACCAGAACCCAGCGCAGGGGGAGGUGCAGCCAGGAGGCAGAACCCACCGAAGAGUGUGACGACGGCUCGAGCUUCUUGGACCCCCCAAGGCUUUUCACUAUGCCGAGGGCAGGAGGGAGACACCAGCAGAGAUCGAGGGCUGCGAGUUGUCUGUCUAACAGCGACCAGGCGCGGCAAGAGGUGCUGUUCAGCACUGGGAGCGACGGGGAUAGCACAGCUGACUGCGGAAGCAGGGCGGCACGGCGUAAACGCGGGCCGUCGGUCAAAGCCUCAGAAGACGGCCCCUUGUGCACAGACAAGGGCACGGACAAGGAAACGUUGAACCCCCAGCCUACAGCACACGGCAGUAACAGUGCUCACUUGUUCAGUAAACAGCGUUGUUUCGUCUCGUGUGAUUCAGAGAGUGAACUGUCUGACUUCGGGCUAUCCCCCAUGGACUGUCAAUUUAGCCUGUCAGGGAAAAAACGGAAUGUCCCCCAAGUGAAAAAGGGCAAGCCUUCUUCCAAGCCUUCCUCUGAAGAGAAAGGGGAAACGAAAAUAAGUGCAAAGGGGAAGAAUAAAGAGGGCAGCAGAAAGUCCAAGAAGGAAGAGCCAGAGGAGGAUGAAGAUGACUGGACAGAAAGUGAACUGGAAAAGCUGCACAAGGCCGUGUCCUCAUUUCCCAAGCACAAGAGCGGCUUCUGGAUAAACGUGGCGAUGGCGGUGGGCACGCGCUCAGCCGAGGACUGCCAGGAGCAGUACACCCAUCAGCAGAACGUGCUGCACAAAGCCAAGGCCAGGAAGAAAACCACGCGCGGUGAAAAGGAGGAACCAGUUAAGGAUGCACCUCAGAUAACGGCAAAAGCGGGCACCUUGAAGCGGAAGCAACAAAUGCGGAAUUUCCUGGACCAGAUGCCCAAAGAUGACCACGACGACAUCUUCUCCUCCUCUCCUCUGCAAAACAAACGCGUCAGGCUGCCCACAUUGUCCACAAAUGGAGAAGACUGUGCGUUCCAGAACUUGCAACAGGACCCCCAAACACCCAGUUCCAGUGCGUUCCCUUCAGUAAAGACCCCCCAUUGUCUUCACAUCAGCCCUGGAAUGUUGGGCUCUGUGAACAGAAACAACAAUGACAAGUAUGUGUACCAGCUACAGAAGAAAAUGGGGAAAGGUUGGGCCAAUGUCCGUGGACAGGGCAGCUGCCCUGAGAAGCUGAAUUAUACCCCCUCAUCAUCUGUAAAACCUACAAGGAGAAGACCAGAUGCUGAAAAUGAAUCCUUUGUCGUGUGGAAAAUGUUCUCGGACAAGGAACCGCUUCCACAUCCCUCUGAUGAAAGUGGAGAAGAGGAUUAUUAUUUUAUGGAUGAUGACUAAAUAACGAAUUUGGAUCUUCAAAUCAGGACAUUUGGGGGGGAAAGUGAAUGGUGAAUUUAAUGAAUAAUACAUGUUCAAAUGAAAAAAGGAAAAUGUAUUUUUAAAUGUGGAAAAUAGGUGCCUAUAAUUUUCUUGAGAAACAUUAUUUGAAGCGUAUUGCCAAUAUCUUGUUUUAUUAUUUAAGAGAUGGAAAAGCCAAUUUUUUUUCUAAUCUUGGAUGCAUCCUUUAUGAUUUAAAAUGUAUGGCAGUGCAUUACUGAAACAGUUGAAGUAUGUGUGCCAGUUAAGUCUGUAAAUAUAAAAAAUAUUGUGCACUUGAUUUCAUGACAUUUUUCUGACUAGUCGUCUUUUAGAGUCGUUGUUUCAACUUGUUUUUUUUAAUUAAAAGUUUGUAUUACAAAUUAGUGGUACAUGAAACGAAGUCGCUCUUUAUCGAGUUUCAAUAAAUUGACAGACAUUUUAA